AUGACGCCGCCUGAUUUGAGAUUUCGAGAUCAUUGGCGUGGAGCUUCCCAAUUCCGACCUAUGGACCAUAUGGGCAGAUCGACAGUGAGUACCACCACUACAUCCGGGCAUGCGGUACAUGGAACAGGCUCAAUGACGUCAUCAGCAGUUACUUCCAUAUCGGAUGAACGUACGGGAGAUGAACGGAGAGACCAACCACUGAGAAGGGAUCCUCGAGAAGACAUGUCACCACUGAGCGAUAAUAGUACAUCACUUAGCAGCAACAUUCGAUCUGUGGAUUCAGCUAAACCGAACAAGCCCAAAACAGUGGAGAUCAAAGUGCAACGGACAAAAAAAGUAGAUAGACAAGAGAAAUUCGAUCAUAAUAAGGAUUGGCUGAACAAUAAUGAUACAUAUGCAAAGCCAAGGUAA